GAGAAUUCUGCAAACUCCUCCCCCCAGAGCUGUGGGCCGGGCUGUAGGAACACUUUCAGUUUUGUUUCUGCAAAAAACGAAACUCAGCAGGAAGACUCCGGAGACUAGACCAUGGAGGGAGCCUUCCAGGUGUGUGGGAACUGCAAAAGAAGGGUGGCCUCUGCCCACCUGGCCCUCCAUGAGGCGCACUGCCUGCUGUUCCUGGCCCAGUGCCCCGAGUGCAAGGAGCCCGUCCUCCAGGCGAAGAUGGACGAGCACUGCGAGAACGGGCACCAGCAGGUCGGAUGCGCCAUGUGCCAGCAGAGCAUGCAGAAGAGUGUGCUGGCGUUUCACGAGACCAGGGAAUGCCAGGAGCGCCCCGUCGUGUGUGAGUUCUGCAGGGCAGCCGUGCGCCUCAGCAAGCUGGAGAUCCAUGAGCACCACUGCGGCAACCGCAUCGAGCUGUGCCUGGACUGCGGCCAGCCCAUCAUGCUCCGCACGCUGGCCCAGCACAGGGAUGCCUGCCAGAGCGAGCAGGCCCAGCACCGGACAGGGAAGAAGAUUUCAGCUCCCGAAAGCAAUAUCUUCUGUCAUUAUUGCAACCAAAUGAUCCCAGGAAAUAAGUAUUUACACCAUAUGAAUAAAUGUCGUACCACCUCGGAGCCUGCAAAAUAUGUUCCAACUGAGGAGACAAGACAUUCUCCUCCAUCCCUCCCAAGUCAGGCUGCUGAAGAUCAAACUCCCACCGCAGUGAAAGAUGUUCGCCCAAAGACGAAAAAUACAAGCAGGUUUCCUCUUCUUUCUGAAAAUUCAACAAAGCAAGCACCGCGCGGCACAGACAAAACCCUGGACCCGCCUCUGAAGCCGGUCGUGGACGACCCGGCCUAUAACAUUCUGCGGAGGUGCCCUCAGUGCGAUAUCCUCCUUCCCCUGCCGACCCUAAACCAGCAUCAGGAGAAAUGCUGGUGGUUAGCUUCAUGGAGAGGAAAACAAGGGAGAAACUCCAGCUAGAUUUGGAAAAGAAAAGAGAUGUUGGUUUGCCCAAGAGGUACAGAUAAACCAGCAGAGAAAAAAGCGCCAGCUCUUCUGCCUGAGAAUUUGGAUCAAGCAUCUGGGCCCGAUGGCUCGGACAUGUCGGGGGACCCCAGCUUUGUCCAUUUUAAAUUCCCACCAGCAAUUGGUGUGACCGUCAUCAUUUCCCC